AGAAAUCUGUGUAUAGCACAUACAAUUUUUGUGUUUUGUCGAAAGUGAAAUUAAAAGUGGUACGUCUGCUUCGUCUACAACCAAAUUGCAAUGGACAAUUAUGAGAGGGCCAGGAAGCUGCAGGAGGAGGCGGGAGUUCCUCCCGGGGGCAUCAAGCGGUGCUGCUGCAACUGCAGGAGGAAGCUGGAUCCCUACCAACUGUUUGACGAUAAUGUGGAGGACAUAGCGAAGAGCCUGGCCCAGAUAAUGCUGAUCUGCGGCAUCAGCACAAGCAAAUCCUGCGCGGCCAGGUCGAUAAUCAAGAGGGCCUUCGUUUACCAUGAACGACUGCGCACCAACUGUCCACCAAACCCGGCUCCUGGGAGUCGCUUGAAUCGGGAGGACCUGCUGCAGGCUCUGCGCCUGAAGUGCGAAAUGGAACCGGUGGAGGCGAUGCUCACCUAUGCCAUCAUCAAGCGGGCCUUCAAGGCCUUCUACCACGGCAAGCCCCCGGUGACGAUCAGCAAUCCCAUAGUGGACGCGAUGGCGGUGCACACCCAACAUGCUGCCUGGAUGCAUGCCGCGCACAAGACCUCCAGGAUCUUCGACAACUACAAGGCGGCCUUCUUCUGGGCCCACAAGCACUACGAGAGGCAGAUCAAUCUGGUUUAUGCAGCGCUGUAUCAGCGGAUGACUACCAGAUCGGACCCCCUCCUGGUGCCGGGCUGUCCCUGCAAGGGCUGCUCCAAGCAGGAGGUUCCCGGACAUCCCAAGGCCGGCCAAAGGCAGAUGAUGAAGAUCAAGCUCUCGGAGGGUGCAGAUCUACCGGAACCCUGCAUCAUCUGUGGCUUGCAAGUUCCGCAAAUGGAUAAGGAGGUCAGGAUGAAGAAGCCACCGCGUCCGAUCAUCAACCAUGAGGUGAAUCUACCCAGAUGCCAGCAGUGCAAUUCGCCCUUCCUGAUCUGCGAGUGCAACAUCGAUCAGUUGACCGGCGAGCAGUUCGGCGAAUGCGGCCAGGACUCCUACAAGGUGAAGUGGUAUCGUCUGGAGGAACCAGUGCCCAUUUCCCAACCCGUCUCCCGACCGCUUGGCAAAGAGGAGCAAGAUACCAGCUAUGAGGAGGCUGUGGAACCCCCAGAGGACUGGGACAAUCACCAUUGUCCCAUCGACUGCAAGCACGACUCCUGCAGCGAGUCCUCGAAUGUUUGCCACAGCACUUCUUCCUCUGCAUCUUCGGGCAGUGACUUUGCCACCUGCUCCGAUGGCUUGGACAAGGAGGAGGAUAUUGUGGCCAAGCUGGAGGAUUACCUCAACAAACUGUGGGCCGAGGAGGUGGCCCAGAAGAGGAAUCCGUCGUAUGUGCCGAGAACGAUUAAUCCUCCUGGUCCGAAGUGUAUGAAGUGCAACGACUAAUUUUCGAGUUUGUCCGUUUGAAUUUUGGCUAUAUAAAUUAUUGAGUGAUGAAAAGAUAUAAGUGUUAUACUU